CAGUGAAUAAAAUGGCAAAAAUCCUCACCCUUCCAGAACUUACAUUGUAGCAGAAAGAUGGAUUGUAAGUCAAUAACAUUUAGAGGCUGAGUGUGGUGGCUCACACCUGUAAUCCCAGUGGGAGGCCAAGGCAAGAGGAUUGCUUGAAGCCCAGGAGUUCGAGACUAGCCUGGGCAACAUAGGCCCUAUCUCUACAAGUAAAAAACAAUUAGCUAUGCUUGGUGGUAUGCACCUGUGGUCCCAGCUUCUCAGGAGGCUGAGGCAGGAGAAUCGCCUGAGCUGAGGAAGCUGCACUGAGCUAUGAUUAUGCCACUGCACUCCAGGCUGGGUGACAGAGUGAGCCUGUCUCAAAAAAAAAAAAAAAAAAAAAACCCACAAAAAACAAAAACAUUUGGAGUAUGUCAAGUUGUGGUAAGUGCUUUGGAGAAAACCAGGGAAAGAGGAUGAGCAGGUUUAAACGGUGUGACCAGGGAAGUCCACACUGAGAAGCUGGCAUUUGAAUAUAUGUGUCAGCUGCAUUAGAAGGCUCGUGCCCUGGAAGUCAGAGUUUGUUUUCUCUGUUCACUGCUGUUAUUUCUGGAGCGUAGAAGAGUGCUCGGCCCAUAAUAGAUGCUCAGUAGUAUUUUUUGAGUGAACGGAUCAGAGGGAAGAACAUUUUUAGACAAAAGGAGCUGCAGAUGCGGAGGCUGAGGUGAGAGCGUGUCUGGUAGGUGGGGAACAUGGGGAGGCCAUUGCGGCCAGCAGGGAUGGAGAGGCUGGCGGCAGGAAAGGAGGCAACAGAGGGAAGGCGUGUGUAUGGGUGCAGGUCUGGGGGGUGCUCCAUGAGGUCAGAACUGUUUUUGUAAUAAUACUGAGUGCUAUUAUGUGCUUUUCCCACCCUCGUUUGCCCAGGUGUGUACAGUGGGCUUUUCUAGAGGCUACGUGAUAUGUGCUGCUGCUGCAGACAGAGCAGGCGGGAGAAUCUGGCUGCCACACAUUAAAGAGAUUUGCAGAAAUGUGGAAAACUGUCACUCUUCUCACUGAAUUUCUGUCUUGGAAAGUAAUUUUUUUUUCUUAAGAUAUGUUAAUUGUUAUUUUAAAGUGAAUUAAUGUUGAAAUUUUGUCUCAGUUUUAAUUUUACAUAUAGUAAAUAUUGAUAGCUCUUUGGGUCCUCAAUGUUUUUUUUUUAAGAGACAGUCUCGUUCUGUCCCCCAGGCUAGAGUGCAGUGGCAUGAUCGUAGCUCACUGCAGCCUCGAACUCUGGUCCUCCUUAGCUUUGAAGUGUAUAAAGGAGUCCUGAGACCAAAAUGUUUAUGACACGUUUAUAGGGCCUUGUAGGCCAUUAUUUUAUAUUUGCUUUUAUGCUGGCUGAGAUGGGAAGUCAUGGCUGAAUCAGCUGAGGAAAUUUAGUGAAGACAGUUUACCAAUUCCUGAUUGUCCUUGAGGACAAAGCAGGUGUAUCCGGGUGGGCGGCAUGCUGUGGAUGGGCACCUCAACAGGAGAAGGCUCUGGAGUCACUGUGUGCUCAUGCUCUACUCCCUUCUCAUAGCUGGGCUUACCUCUGCCAGGGGAGAUAGAGGGAAGGGACAGGCUUUGUACACAGUUUCCACAGGAUGUGGGUCGAGAGUGACGGGGCAGGGGCGGGGCCUUCUUCCCUGGGUGUGGUCAGCAGAGCUCUCUCUGAUAAGGUGAGCCAAGACCUGAAGAGCGACGGGCACUCUGCAUGGCUGGCCAGGGCAGCCCCACCCAGGGAGGCCUUGGUGAGCAGGAGAGAGGCCAUGUGGCUGGGCCUAAGGGUGUUGGGGAGGGUGGCAGGACCUGACCUGGGGCUGGGAUGUGGCAGUCAACGUGUCUGAUGGGUGUUUUAAGUGGAUGCUCUGGCUGCUUUGUGGAGUAUUCUGGAGGGUGGGUUUGGAGGAGCAGAAGUAGGGGAGGCUCAUGCAAUGAGCAAGUGAGAGCUGGUGGUGUCUCAAUGAGGAUGAUAGAGAAGACGUGGUGAGAAGUGGUUGGAUUUGGCUGUAUUUGAAGGUAGAACACAGAAUUUUCUGAAGAACGGACCGUGGGAUGUGACAGAAAUGCAGACGGGGGCAAGGUUUUGGGUUGAGUGUCCGGGUAGCUGGCGGUGUUGUUUACCAAGAUGCAGAACACUAGGGAAGGAACAGGCUCUGGCGAGCGGCAUCAGAGUGUCGCCUCCAGUGCUUUAAGCUAGAGAUGCCUGUCAAACAUCCAGGUAGAAAAGUCACACAAGUGAUUGGUCGCACAAGUUCAGGAGAGAGGAAAUAAAUAUUAAGGCACCAUUGGUUAUUGAUACUGUGUAGAUAAAUCUACGGGAGGGAGGAUCCUCCAGGGCACAGCUUUCACAGUGGCUUGUGUCUCCGUGGGUCAUGAAGUCAAUACAGUGGGCACCAGCAAUUUUCAAAAAACGAAAUAGAAUUGAAAACAAUAUCUCGGUAGUAAGGGCUGUUGUAAAAUGUUUCCUUUUAUGCCGACUGAUAGGGGAAUUUUGCCCUAUGAAACAUUUUUUAAAAAUUAAAUUUAUGUGAAAAGAGAGCUGUGUCCUAGAUCACAGUAUGAAACUUUUAUUUUUAACUGCAGAUCACAGUUUAAAAGCCACUGAUGUAGAAGGAGAUGUAGUUUCAAAAGAGACCAGAGACUGAGUUGAUUCCGGGGCCAUUUCAACGUGCAGAGGCUUGGGAUGGGUCUGGGACCAGCAAAGGACGCAGAGAGGGGCUAUGAGGUCACAGCAGGACCCAGAGAGUAGUGUCCCCUUGUCCUGGAGGCUGGUGGGGUUGUGGGGGGGGCAGACGGUAGUGAGCUGUGACUUGUGCUGCAGACAGAUUGAGGAAAACAAGGUUUGAGAAUUGAUCGUUGGAUUGGACAGCAUGGAAGUCAUUCAUGACCUUGAUGAGGCAUUUCUGUGGAGGGCUGAGGACAAGGUCUACUUGUUGGAGGUUCAAAGAUAGUGGGAGAAGAGAAAGUUGUGAACAAAGCAUUGACAAUUCUUUCAGUGAGUUUUGCUGUCAAGGGGAGCAGAGUAAGUUAGUUGGAGCGGGUGGGGUGAGGACUGGGUAUUGAAAGACGUGUCCUUGCUGAAGACAGUUCAGUGGGGUGAGGGAGGAUCACUGCAGGGAAGGGACCAGUGUGGGAGGCAGCAUGCUUGAGUAAGAACGGGGACAGGAUCAGAAGCACAGGCAGAGGCUGGCUUCAGUGAGACAUGUGGCAGAUGUUGCUCGCUGUCAUUGGAGGGAAGGCAGAUGAGAUGGGCAUAGACGUUGAUUACCGAUAGAAACUUGUGGAAGAAUGCCGAGAAGGUGGAGAAACUGAGAACCAUGGCAGAAGAGAAAUUGUGUUUUCGUUUUUUGUUGUUUUUUGGGGUUUUUGUUUUGUUUUUGUUUUUUUUUUUUGAGACUGGAUCUCGCUCCGUCCCCAGGCUGGAAUGCAGUGGUGCAACCAUGGUUCACUGCAGCCUCGACCUCCUGGGUAGCUGGGAUGACAGGUGUGCAUCUAUGCCUGGCUAAUUUUUUAAUUUUUUGUAGAGAUGAGGGUCUUGCUAUAUUGCCCAGUCUGGUUUUGAACUCCUUCUGAAGCAAUCCUCCUCCUUCAGCCUCCCAAGGGGCUGGGUUUACAGUCAUGAGUCGCCACACCCAGCCUAUUUUGGUCUUCUAUACAGAAAUCGAAUCCUUGAGAAAUGAACAUUGAUUGCAAGCUGCUCAGCUUGGUGCCAUUGACAUGUCAUCGAUAGGCAGGUGUGGGGUGGCUGGUGGGCCUAGAUGACCUUUCAAAUGGUGCUGAGCCUUGACUGCAGUGUAUUUUGUGGUUCUGUGGCAGUGACGACAGGCAGGCGAGACACCUGAGAAACCCCAUAUUCUGUUCCAGGUUAGUCUCCUGCCAGCUGUGUUUUGGGCCAGCGUCGGAAAGCCUUAGCUGCAGGCUCUGCCCCUGCAAGAGGGAGGAAGCGACCUGACCCGAGUGCCUUGGUAGGACCUUGCAUGUUCCCCGCAAGUUCUCCGGUCAUCUCGUGAGAUUAACGUGACAGUGUCAGGUGGACCCACAGCCAUCCCACCUCCCCCUCUGGGGAGUGCUGAGAGUGAGGCAGCAUGGAGGAGAGGAAGCAUGAGACCAUGAACCCAGCUCAUGUCCUCUUUGACCGGUUUGUCCAGGCCACCACCUGCAAGGGAACCCUCAAGGCUUUCCAGGAGCUCUGUGACCACCUGGAACUGAAGCCAAAGGACUACCGCUCCUUCUAUCACAAGCUCAAGUCCAAGCUUAACUACUGGAAAGCCAAAGCCCUCUGGGCAAAAUUGGACAAACGGGGCAGUCACAAAGACUACAAAAAGGGAAAAGCGUGCACUAACACCAAGUGUCUCAUCAUUGGGGCUGGCCCCUGUGGUCUCCGUACAGCCAUCGACUUAUCCUUACUGGGAGCCAAGGUGGUUGUUAUUGAGAAACGAGAUGCCUUCUCCCGCAACAACGUCUUGCAUCUCUGGCCGUUCACCAUACAUGAUCUACGAGGUCUGGGUGCCAAGAAGUUCUAUGGCAAGUUCUGUGCUGGAGCCAUCGACCAUAUCAGUAUCCGUCAGCUCCAACUAAUACUUUUGAAAGUAGCCUUGAUCCUAGGCAUUGAAAUCCACGUCAAUGUGGAAUUCCAAGGACUUAUACAGCCUCCUGAGGACCAAGAGAAUGAACGGAUAGGCUGGCGGGCACUGGUGCACCCCAAGACUCAUCCUGUGUCAGAGUAUGAAUUUGAAGUGAUCAUCGGUGGGGAUGGUCGGAGGAACACCUUGGAAGGGUUUCGUCGGAAAGAAUUCCGUGGCAAACUGGCCAUCGCCAUCACGGCAAAUUUUAUCAACCGAAAUACAACAGCAGAAGCUAAAGUGGAAGAGAUCAGUGGUGUGGCUUUUAUAUUCAACCAAAAAUUUUUCCAGGAACUGAGGGAAGCCACAGGUAUUGACUUGGAGAACAUCGUUUACUACAAAGAUGACACACACUAUUUCGUUAUGACAGCCAAAAAGCAGAGUUUGCUGGACAAAGGAGUGAUACUACAUGACUACGCCGACACAGAGCUCCUGCUUUCCCGAGAAAACGUGGACCAGGAGGCUCUGCUCAGCUAUGCCAGGGAGGCGGCAGACUUCUCUACCCAGCAGCAGCUGCCGUCUCUGGAUUUUGCCAUCAAUCACUAUGGGCAGCCCGAUGUGGCCAUGUUUGACUUCACUUGUAUGUAUGCCUCCGAGAACGCCGCCUUGGUGCGGGAGCAGAACGGACACCAGUUACUAGUGGCUCUGGUCGGGGACAGCCUCCUAGAGCCUUUCUGGCCAAUGGGAACAGGAAUAGCCCGGGGCUUUCUAGCUGCUAUGGACUCUGCCUGGAUGGUCCGAAGUUGGUCUCUAGGAACGAGCCCUUUGGAAGUGCUGGCAGAGAGGGAAAGUAUUUACAGGUUGCUGCCUCAGACCACCCCUGAGAAUGUGAGUAAGAACUUCAGCCAGUACAGUAUCGACCCUGUUACUCGGUAUCCCAAUAUCAACGUCAACUUCCUCCGGCCAAGCCAGGUGCGCCAUUUAUAUGAUACUGGCGAAACAAAAGAUAUUCACCUGGAAAUGGAGAGCCUGGUGAAUUCCCGAACCACCCCCAAAUUGACUCGCAAUGAGUCUGUAGCUCGUUCAAGCAAACUGCUGGGUUGGUGCCAGAGGCAGACAGAUGGCUAUGCAGGGGUAAACGUGACAGAUCUCACCAUGUCCUGGAAAAGUGGCUUGGCCCUUUGUGCAAUUAUCCAUAGAUACCGCCCUGACCUGAUAGAUUUUGAUUCUUUGGAUGAGCAAAAUGUGGAGAAGAAUAACCAACUGGCUUUUGACGUUGCUGAGAAGGAAUUGGGCAUUUCUCCCAUCAUGACAGGCAAAGAAAUGGCCUCCGUGGGGGAGCCUGAUAAGCUGUCCAUGGUGAUGUACCUGACUCAGUUCUACGAGAUGUUUAAGGACUCCCUCCCUUCUAGCGACACCUUGGACCUAAAUGCCGAGGAGAAAGCAGUCCUGAUAGCCAGCACCAGAUCCCCUAUCUCCUUCCUAAGCAAACUUGGCCAGACCAUCUCUCGGAAGCGUUCUCCCAAGGAUAAAAAGGAAAAGGACUUGGAUGGUGCUGGGAAGAGGAGAAAGACCAGUCAAUCAGAGGAGGAGGAAGCUCCUCGGGGCCACAGAGGAGAAAGACCGACCCUGGUGAGCACUCUGACAGACAGGAGGAUGGACGUUGCUGUUGGGAACCAGAACAAAGUGAAGUACAUGGCGACCCAGCUGCUGGCCAAAUUUGAAGAGAAUGCGCCCACACAGUCCAUCGGCAUACGGAGACAGCUGACACAAGAGCGUGGGGCCAGCCAGCCGUCCUGCUGCCUGCCUGGGCAGGUUCGCCCUGCCCCCACCCCCCGGUGGAAACAGCAACGGGAAAAGGAGUGUUCUCGGACCUGCCCCAAAAAAGUGAUCACCCUGUCUCCUCCCCCUACUCCACCUCCCUGUCGGGCACAUGGCGGCCAGCAGACAUACAGGGAUCUUGAUGCUGACAACCGUGGCAAGCAGAGCCCCCACCAUGAGAGGCCAGAGCCUGAACCUCCUCGUCGAUUUUUUGUCGACCAGUGGGAGCUUUCUCUUAGUCUCCGCUCCUCUGCCCGCCCCGCCUCUCCCUCCUCCGACUCCCUCCGACAGAAGUGUAUAAAGAUGUACACGGGCGGAGUGAGCUCAUUGGCUGAGCAGAUAGCCAAUCAGCUUCAAAGGAAAGAACAACCCAAAGCCCUUCUAGACAAGAAGGAACUGGGCUCCAUGAAGAAGGAGUUCCCGCAGAACCUGGGAGGCAGCGACACAUGCUACUUCUGCCAGAAGCGGGUCUACGUGAUGGAGAGGCUGAGUGCCGAGGGCAAGUUCUUCCACCGGAGCUGCUUCAAGUGCGAGUACUGCGCCACCACCCUGCGCCUCUCGGCCUACGCGUACGACAUCGAGGAUGGUAAAUUCUACUGUAAGCCACACUACUGCUAUCGACUCUCUGGCUACGCACAAAGGAAGAGACCGGCAGUGGCUCCCCUGUCUGGAAAGGAGGCCAAAGGACCCCUGCAGGAUGGCGCCACCACAGAUGCAAACGGACGGGCCAACGCCGUGGCCAGCUCCACUGAGGGAACCCCAGGUUCAGGCGUGAACGGCCUGGAGGAGCCCAGCAUCGCCAAGCGGCUGAGGGGCACCCCAGAGCGGAUCGAGCUGGAGAACUACCGCCUGUCCCUGAGGCAGGCUGAGGCACUGCAGGAGGUACCGGAGGAGACUCAGGCCGAGCACAACCUGAGCAGCGUGCUGGACACGGGCGCCGAGGAGGACGUCGCCAGCAGUAGUUCCGAGUCUGAGAUGGAGGAAGAGGAAGAGGAGGAGGAGGAGGAGCCUCGCCUGCCCCCAUCUGACCUGGGUGGUGUUCCAUGGAAGGAGGCUGUGCGGAUCCAUGCCCUUCUGAAAGGGAAAAGUGAAGAGGAGCUAGAGGCCUCGAAGAGCUUUGGGCCUGGGAAUGAAGAGGAGGAGGAGGAGGAAGAAUAUGAAGAGGAGGAGGAGGAGGACUAUGACGAGGAGGAGGAAGAGUCCAGUGAAGCCGGGAACCAGAGGCUCCAGCAGGUCAUGCACGCGGCGGAUCCUCUGGAGAUCCAGGCUGACGUGCACUGGACUCAUAUCCGUGAGAGAGAGGAGGAAGAGAGGAUGGCGCCGGCCUCUGAGUCCUCUGCUUCCGGAGUGCCCGACCUUCCCUCCAUACGCCACGCGGCGGUGCAGGCCUGGCUGGAGACGGUCUCCGGAGCCCCAUUGGAUGAGAAUGACCUAGAGGAAGAUGUGGACUCAGAACCAGCCGAGAUACAAGGGGAGGCAGCAGAGGAUGGGGACCCAGGGGACACUGGUGCUGAGCUGGAUGAUGAUCAGCACUGGUCUGACAGCCCGUCGGAUGCUGACAGAGAGCUGCAUUUGCCGUGCCCAGCUGAGGGGGAAGCAGAGCUGGAGCUGAGGGUGUCGGAAGAUGAGGAGAAGCUGCCCGCCUCACCGAAGCACCAAGAGAGAGGUCCCUCCCAAGCCACCAGCCCCAUCCGGUCUUCCCAGGAAUCAGCUCCUCUGUUCAUUCCAGUCCACAGCCCCUCAACAGAGGUGCCCCAACUCCCAACUGUCCCUGCCGCCACCCAGGAGAAAUCACCUGAGGAGCGCCUUUUCCCUGAGCCUUUGCUCCCCAAAGAGAAGCCCAAAGCUGAUGCCCCCUCGGAUCUGAAAGCUGUGCACUCUCCCAUCCGAUCGCAGCCAGUGACCCUGCCAGAAGCUAGGACUCCUGUCUCACCAGGGAGCCCGCAGCCCCGGCCACCCGUGGCGGCCUCCACGCCCCCACCCAGCCCACUCCCCAUCUGCUCCCAGCCCCAGCCUUCCACCGAGGCCACUGUCCCAUCCCCUACCCAGUCCCCCAUACGCUUCCAGCCUGCCCCGGCCAAAACAUCCACCCCACUGGCCCCUCUCCCUGUCCAAAGCCAAAGUGACACCAAGGACAGACUGGGCAGCCCCCUUGCUGUGGACGAGGCCCUCAGACGGAGCGACCUGGUGGAGGAGUUCUGGAUGAAGAGUGCGGAGAUCCGCCGCAGCCUCGGGCUCACACCUGUGGACCGCAGCAAGGGGCCCGAGCCCAGCUUCCCCAUGCCUGCCUUCAGGCCAGUGUCCCUCAAAUCCUAUUCCGUUGAAAAGUCUCCCCAGGAUGAGGGACUCCACCUUCUCAAGCCUCUGUCCAUCCCCAAAAGGCUGGGCCUGCCAAAGCCGGAGGGCGAGCCGUUGUCCCUGCCAACCCCCCGGUCCCCGUCCGACAGAGAGCUAUGCAGCGCCCAGGAGGAGCGCAGGGAGCUGUCCAGCAGCUCUGGCCUGGGCCUGCACGGGAGCUCCUCCAACAUGAAGACACUGGGCAGCCAGAGCUUCAACACCUCGGACUCCGCCAUGCUCACGCCCCCCUCCAGCCCGCCCCCGCCGCCGCCCCCGGGCGAGGAGCCCGCUACCUUGCGGAGGAAGCUCAGGGAGGCCGAGCCCAAUGCCUCGGUGGUCCCGCCGCCCUUGCCUGCCACCUGGAUGCGGCCCCCCCGGGAGCCUGCUCAGCCCCCCAGAGAGGAGGUGCGGAAGUCGUUUGUGGAGAGCGUGGAGGAGAUUCCCUUUGCUGAUGAUGUGGAGGACACCUAUGACGACAAGACUGAGGACUCAAGCCUGCAGGAGAAAUUCUUCACGCCCCCGUCCUGCUGGCUGCGCCCCGAGAAGCCUCGCCACCCGCCCCUGGCCAAGGAGAAUGGGAGGCUGCCUGCUCUGGAGGGGACGCUGCAGCCACAGAAGAGAGGGCUGCCCUUGGUGUCCGCGGAAGCCAAGGAGUUGGCCGAGGAGCGCAUGCGAGCCAGGGAGAAGUCCGUGAAGAGCCAGGCGCUGCGGGACGCCAUGGCCAGGCAGCUGAGCAGGAUGCAGCAGAUGGAGCUGGCCUCAGGCGCCCCCAGGCCCCGCAAGGCGUCCUCAGCACCCUCCCAGGGCAAGGAGCGCCGGCCUGACUCCCCCACACGCCCCACUCUCAGGGGCUCCGAGGAGCCCACCCUGAAGCAUGAAGCCACCAGCGAGGAGGUCCUCUCCCCGCCGUCGGACUCAGGGGGCCCAGAUGGCUCUUUCACUUCAUCCGAGGGCUCCAGUGGGAAGAGCAAGAAAAGGUCGUCACUCUUCUCCCCCCGCAGAAACAAGAAGGAGAAGAAGUCCAAAGGCGAGGGCCGGCCCCCGGAGAAGCCCAGCUCCAACCUCCUGGAAGAAGCCGCCACCAAACCCAAGUCCCUGUGGAAGUCCGUCUUCUCCGGGUACAAGAAGGACAAGAAGAAGAAGGCCGACGACAAGUCCUGCCCCAGCACCCCCUCCAGCGGGGCCACGGUGGACUCUGGAAAGCACAGGGCGCUUCCCGUCGUAAGGGCAGAGCUGCAGCUCCGGCGCCAGCUGAGCUUCUCCGAGGACUCAGAUCUCUCCAGCGACGAUGUCCUUGAGAAGUCCUCACAGAAGUCCCGGCGAGAGUCGAUUUAUGUACCACACGCCUUGGCAUUCAGGAGAUCGUGUGCAUCAAAGCCAAGAACCUACACAGAGGAGGAACUGAAUGCCAAGCUGACCCGGCGUGUGCAAAAGGCAGCUCGGAGACAGGCCAAGCAGGAGGAGCUUAAGCGGCUGCAUCGAGCCCAGAUCAUCCAGCGGCAGCUGCAGCAGGUGGAGGAGAGGCAGCGGCGGCUGGAGGAAAGGGGCGUGGCUGUGGAGAAGGCGCUCCGGGGCGAAGCAGUUGAGCCCAGUGGCGGGACUCCACGACGUAGACCUCUCUCCUUCUGCCCUUGCUGUGUCCAGGAAGGCAUGGGCAAGAAGGACGACCCCAAGCUGAUGCAGGAGUGGUUCAAGCUAGUGCAGGAGAAGAACGCCAUGGUGCGCUACGAGUCGGAGCUGAUGAUCUUUGCCCGGGAGCUGGAGCUGGAAGACCGGCAGAGUCGACUGCAGCAGGAGCUCCGGGAACGCAUGGCAGUGGAAGAUCACCUUAAGACUGAGGAGGAGCUGUCAGAAGAGAAGCAGAUUCUCAAUGAGAUGCUGGAGGUGGUGGAGCAGAGAGACUCACUAGUGGCGCUGCUGGAGGAGCAGCGGCUCCGGGAGAGAGAGGAGGACAAGGACCUGGAGGCUGCCAUGCUGUCCAAGGGCUUCAGCCUUAACUGGUCCUGAGCUCCUACCCAAUGCUCCAUUUUCUGUUGGCAUCCGCCUGGCCAGGCAGUGGCAUCCAAACCACCCGGAGCCGCGAUCUGAGGAGGCCUGGCACCUCCUUGGAGUUUACGCUCAGAUGCCCGUGUGCUGCUUGGAAAGUGGUCGAGUCCCGCAUGCAGUGGGGAGCCCCAGGUGACAGUGGUUAUCUGAGACGGCUCCACCUCCUGGGAGGAGGCCCACCUGGACCUCCCACUCAGAGGAGGAGCACGGCGUGUAUGGCAUGAUGCAGGGGACCACCCCGUGCGCUCCCUGAGGAUGUGCUGGCUGUGCCCCUUUUUUCCACUGGCACAUUUGGUAAGAGAGGGAAGCUGCUCCCCGUCAGAACCACAGUGCGCCGUGCGAGGGGCACUGUCUUCUUCAUGCUCCCUGGAGCACCACCAAAGAAACGUAAACAAUACCCCAUGAAAGCAGGGUCAGGGGUCAGGGUGCGAUCGAGACCCAGGAUGGGGGCGUCCAGUCAUGCCCACCCCAGCAUCACAGGAGACAUGGAGGUGCGGGCAGGCUCCUGAAUUAUUAUGCAAAUUAGGAGGACGCAGGAGGGGUCUGCCCUCCAGCCGAACACCACACACUGGACCCUAAGUGGCCAAAUGCCUGGGCCGCUUGCUGGCUGUGGCCUGAGGCUUGUGGGUUGCUGCAUUUUGCUUGUAGUUCACAACCAUUUUGACACUGGAAAAUGCUGACUUUGGGGGACAGGAUGAGGCCCUACAUUCUAAGCCCCCAGUUGGCAGACAGGCAUUGUCCCUGUUCCACAUUUAUGUCGGGACAGGAGAUGACCUUUUCCUCGGUGUUUUUCCUGUGUUUGCACAUUGAAAUGAAGCUGACAACCUGGCAAGACGCUCAGCCGCUUCAAACCCUUUUUGUCAAUUAACUUAUUUUUUAAUACUUGAAAAGAAGUAACUUCGUUUGUAUAUCUUUACUAGAGGAACUGAUCACCUGCGCCCAGGUGCGGGAGCCACAGCGGUAUCUGGUGCGUCCUACGCAACCUGGUCCUGGGCUGCCCAGCGCUCGUCACGUGCAUCUAUUUAUUAGCCUUUCUCUUCGUAUCACUGGCCUGGCUGGCAUCAGGGAGCUGCCCAGAACCCCUGUGUGGGUCCUCCUCACAGCUUUCUGUCCCUCCUCCAUCCGGUGCCUGCCUCACCCUGGCGCUAGACCAUCUGGACCACUCAUGUGAUGAGGGUGCAUUUCUGUUCUGUUUUGGGCCAGGCCAACAGCAGAGCUGCCACUCUCACCCUCCCAAUGAGAAUUCUGGCUCUGCAGAACUCCCCCUUGUCUCAGUUUGGGGGCCAGGGCAUCACCUUCCUCCGCACAUAUGUUAAAGAAGGUUUCAGGAUGGGCCCUCAUCCACACAGGCCAAGAGGGUGCAAGGUGGGACCCUGGAAUCAUGUGGCUGGUGAGAAUUCCCUCCUCCCAGCCUAAGAUUCACCCAGACGGAAACGCGAGUGCUGCAGUGGAUGCUGGGAUGCAGGCUGGCGCCUCUCAAGCAGAUCAGCGACUCCCGCCCUUCCUUCCAAAGGCGACGGGCACCUGCCUUGUGCCGGAUCUUCAUGGGGACAUAAAGGGCGAGCCCCGAAUCACUAGCUCCUAUAGCCAAACCGUUCCUUUCUCACGGUUCCGCACCAGCCUGGCUGUGUACAGCUCAUCGAACCACUGAGCUAAUUGGGGUGGGGUGCUUGUCCAUCAAAGCAGUUAGCACAUAGCCCAGCGAGGAGCCAUCCGGACCAGACCCGCCUGCCAGGGGCGCUCCAGCCGCCUGCCGCCUCCGUGGGCUGGGGCCAGCUGGGAGCAGAGGCCUGGCCCCUCCAAGGCGUCCCGCAGUGGAGCAGGCUGAGUGGCUGUGCUGACCUUGGGCUUUCCAUGGGAACCACACUGUGCCUCAACUUGAACAUUCAUCCCAGCUGCAAAGGAGCAAAGAACCUGUGUCAUCCUUGUCUGUCCAGAAGCUGCCAUCUCUCUCCCAUGCACAUCCGGGAGAUAACGCCGCUAGUGGCCGCCGCAGCGCUGAUUCUCCACCUGUUCUCACAUGAGGCAAAGGUCUCCUUUUCUUUUCUCUUUACUUAAAAAAGGGGAGAGGAGGGUUUCUAGAUUCCAUCUUCAAACCCCAGUCAUCCCAUAAAAUUGGACGUGGGAAAAGACCUUCGCUGCCUGCGUGGCUUUUCCCAGACCUCCUCGAAUGCCACAAAACCGGUCCAGCCCCGGCAGAGCCGCCUUCGGCCCUUGUAGCUCCUGCUGGCCCCACAACAGGCAAACAGUUUGCAAAGUGGCUUGGAAGGAGUGUGGCCUAGGGAUCUGCUAUAAGUGGCCAGACGUAGCAGGAGAGCCCAGUGUCACCUUCUGGUCCCGGUCAGCCUUAACACUGUGGCAUCCUCCACAGCACACACGGCAGCCUGCAGUCUGGAAGGCGGACGCGAGCCUUUGCAGAGAGGUGCCACAGAGCCGCAGGCCUGCACAGCAGCCCCAGCCUUCUGCUCCUGACUGUGAGGACACCCAGUUCUAGUAGAGCACUUUUUUUAAAGCUCCCAUUUUGUAACCACUAGUUUGCGGUUGACUUGAGUACUCUGGUGACUUCCUGCGUCAGGCGUUCUCAAGCUGUGAGAAUGUGCGCAGCUCCAGACAGGUUUUCUCUCGGAGAGUUAAGUCUUCCCUUGAAGGCAGGGAAGCAGGAUGGAUACACAUAUAUCACACGCAUAAAACACCAGGCGCGGGAGCAGCCCAGACUCGAGGCUGACUAAACUGGAGGCUGAAUACCAUGGAGGUCCACAUGCAGCUUCCCUGGAGGGCAGGCCGGAGGCGCUGCUGCCCCUGGGCUUGAGGAUGCUGCACCCCGUGGGCUUCCAGGCCUGCCCAGAUGAUGCCUUCAGGCCUCUGCCCCUGGUGGCCAUCCUCAGGCCGAUUUUGACCAGCAAUGAUAGACUCUUCUUAACCCUUUCAAAAUAAAUUUUUCAGUGGGACAGAAAGGAGAGUUAAAAAACAUUUUUUUAAAGGUGGUAACAUCUGACCCACAAAGGGAAUGGGUCUGUUUUAUGCAAAAUAAAAGUUUUUCAAAUAAA